CGGUCCCCUACGUGGCCCGGACUUCCGCGCGCCGGCGCGGGGGACAAGGGGCCUGGGGACCAUGGCGGGCCCGGACGCCGGCCCGGCCAUACCCGUGUGGCUGGCCGAGGACGACCUGGGCUGCAUUAUCUGUCACGAGCUGCUGGCCUGGCCGACCACGCUGCCCUGCGGCCACAGCUUCUGCCGUGACUGUCUGGUGGGCCUGUGGGAGGCGGGGCGCCGCCGGUCCUGCCCCACCUGCCGCGAGGGCGGCGCGCAGCCGCUGCAGCUGCGGAAGAACACGAUGCUGCAGGACUUGGCGGACAAAUACAGCCGGGCGGCACACGAGCUGAAGGACAGGGCCCCAGUGCCCGGCCCGGCCCCGCGCCCUGCGCCCGGGCCCCGGUGCCACACCGCGCAGCUGCGGGUGGCGGCGCAGAAGAGCAUCACAGAAGUUGGCCGGGAGCUGGCAGAGCUGGUGGACCAGCUUGUAGAUACUGUCAGGAGCCUUCAGAGCCAGAGCUGCCUCCCAGAAUCCGAACCAGACAAGGACCUGAGGACCCUGGCUUCGGCCUUGUCCGAUGGCGUAGACCUUUCCUUGGCGUCUCCAAAACUGGUGACUUCCAACACACCUGAGGCAAAAAUGAGAGACAUUCUCCAUGACCUUAAAAAGAUCCAGGGAAAGUUACAAGAAAAUUUCACCUGGAAAGGGGCCCUCGAAGAACAAAAGCAGGUUGACAUCACAGAAGCUCUGUCUUCCUCCUCAAGCCUACUCCCUGACCAGAGCCACCUUGUACCCAAGAGGGCCUCCUCGUUUGCUCAAUGGGCCAUCAGUCCAACCUUUGACCUAGGGAGCCUCUCCUGUAGCCUGGAGGUGUCCGAGGAUCACCGGACGGUGACCGUAUCUCACUACCCACAGUCCUAUCCCUGGAGUCCCGAGAGGUUUGCCUCCUGCCAGGUUUUGGGUUCCCAGGGCUUCUCUUCUGGGCAGCGGUACUGGGAAGUGGACACCCAGCGUUGUAGCCACUGGGCAGUUGGGGUGGCUUCCCGGGGGAUGAGGCGUGACCAGAUCCUGGGAAGGACCAGCGACUCCUGGUGCGUGGAGUGGAACGGGGCUAGCCAGCUCUCUGCGUGGCACGUAGUCAAGCAAACUGUCCUUGGCUCAGACAGACCUGGUGUGGUAGGCAUCUGGCUGGACUUCGAGAAGGAAAAGCUCGCCUUCUAUUCCGUGGCUGAUCAAGAGAAGCUUCUGUACGAGUAUCCAGUCUCUGCCUCCUUUGCUCUGUACCCUGCCUUCUGGCUGUAUGGCUUAUAUCCUGGAAACUCUCUGACUGUAAGGCAGGUAAACCUAUAAACGUUCCUUGGGUGUGAAAACAUGUUGGUUUCCCAGUCUCUCUGGCUUCAGGCAGGCCGGCAACUUGGCUUAAGAAUCCCACUUCAGGGAAUUCCUGUUGUGGCUUAGCAGUUUAAGAACCCAAUUAGUAUCCAUGAGGAUGCAGGUUCCAUCUCUGGCGUCGCUCAGUGGGUUAGGGAUCCGGUGUUGCUGCAAGUGGCGGCAUAGGUCACAGAUACAGCUUGGAUCUGGUGCUGCUGUGGCUGUGGUGUAGGCCUGCAGUUGCACUUCCAGCUCGACCCCCUAGCCUGGGAACUUCCAUAUGCCGCAGGUGUGGCCCUGGGAAAAAAAAAAAAGAUUCCCAUUUCAGAUGUUAAGGAAUUCGAAGUAAGUGCUUAACUCAGCAGGCUUAGGUUGUUCAGAUCCGCACAUUCCAAAGAAAGGAGAGUCUUGACUGGGAGAUAACUUCAAAGCCCUUGGAGGAGUUCCUGUCGUGGCACAGUGGUUAACGAAUCUGACUAGGAACCAUGAGGUUGCCAGUUUGAUCCCUGGCCUUGCUCAGUGGGUUAAGGAUCUGGCAUUGCCGUGAGCUGUGGUGUAGGUUGCAGAUGCGGCUCGGAUCCCACGUUGCUGUGGCUGGUGGCUGCAGCUCCAAUUAGAAUGCAAAAAGACAAAAACCAAAACCAAAACCAAAAAAAAAAAAACAAAGCCCUUGUAAUAUCCUGCCUGAUAAGGUGUCUUUCUUUACCUGAGGGUCUUGGGCCAGGCAGUAUCAGCUUGACCUCUGGAGGGACUGGAAACUAAGGUCAUGAUGUGGGUGGUGGGUCUGCCUAUGUGACCGACCCCCCAGUCAAAGCCAUGGACACAAGUCUUGGCUGGGCCUCCCGGCUGGCAAUAUUCUGUCUGUGUUGUCACACAUUGUGUUGGGAGAAUUAAGCCUUAUUCUCCUGACUCCACUGGGAGAGGAAAUUAGGGGUCUCCUGGCCCCUGCCCUAUGUGCCUUUUUCUAUUCCUGUUUUGUUGUUGUUUUGUCUUUUUAGGGCCAUACCCUCGGCAUAUGGAAGUUCCCAGGCUAGGGGUCGAAUCAGAGCUAUAGAUGCUGGCCUACGCCACAGCCACAGCCAUAGCCACAUCAGAUCUGAGCCUCGUCUGUGACCUACACCACAGCUCAUGGCCACACCGGAUCCUUAACCUUCUUUUUUUUAAAUUUUUUUUAUUUUUUUGUCUUUUUUUUUUGCUAUUUGUUGGGCUGCUCCCGAGGCAUGGAGGUUCCCAGGCUAGGGGUCUAAUCGGAGCUGUAGCCACCGGCCUACGCCAGAGCCACAGCAACUCGGGAUCCGAGCCACGUCUGUGACCUACACCACAGCUCAUGGCAACGCCGGAUCGUUAACCCACUGAGCAAGGGCAGGGACUGAACCCACAACCUCAUGGUUCCUAGUCAGAUUCGUUAACCACUGCGCCACGACGGGAACUCCGGAUCCUUAACCUUCUGAGUGAAGCCGGGGAUUGAACGUGCAUCCUCAUGGAUGCUAGUCAGAUUCAUUUCUGCUGAGCCACGAUGGGAACGCCCGUCCUGGCUUUUAUAGUAAUGGCUUCCUUGCAUCUUUUGUUUUAGCACCUAAAUAUGUGUUCCUAGCUGCAAGCAUUUAGUCUUGCCCAUUAAAAAAACCUGAUACAUCUUUUUCGUAA